AUGAGGACUUACCAUAACACGCGUCUCCACAUCGAACAAAGGCUCCCGCUCAACACUCCCUACAAACAUUCAGACCUUCGCGUCUUCUCAAGCAAGCACCUGAUCAUGGACGGUCUCUCAGCCUCUCAGCUCUUCUACAUCGUCUUCCAGCGAGAACUCGCAGAAGCGAUUGCUGCCAUGCAGCGUCAACAAGCAGAAGACCGCAUCCUGGAUGCCAUCACAGAGAUGUUCAAAAUGACCUGGAUCUCUCAAGACAACCAGCAAGACCAAGAAGGAGGCUCAGGCGAGUCAGCAGAGCAGGUUCUUGAUGAUCUGGAGGAGGAUUGGGUGCUGGUGUAG